AAGUGACCGUUUUUCUUGUUUGCACGUAAGCUUUUUAAAUAUAUUGCGUAUGUUUUAAUAUAUGCUGAAGUAAACACUGCGAACCACUUCCGCUCUUGUGGAAACAACGGUCGCUUUACGACAUCCGCGUUGGAUUUACGGCGCCGAUCCGUCGGAAGUCUGGUAACCGGGGAGACGCCUGGAGGCACUGCGGCCGGCGCGAGACGGUGAGCUGCAUUUCCUUCCAAAUUUCUCAUUAAAGGCGUUCGAUUUUCAGUUGAGUUCGUCACAGAUGAUUACCUCGCGUCUGAUCAUGUGUCCACGAAACCGUAAACGGCGACUGGCGGGCAGCGCGCGGAACACGGCUGAUGUGCGAACAAAAACAAACUGGUGUAAACAGCGGCGUGUGACAGAAUCUGUGGAUCCGAGUCUCAUGUGCUGAUGGCGGACAGCUGGGACGUUCAGGUGUUGUGACGCUUCUGUAAACGCGACGACUGCUUGCACUCACAGAGCGAUUCCAUGGAGGUCCGUAAGCCGGUCCUGGAGCUGAAGGACGUUCCUCCUCCCCCCCUCCACGGCGCCGGCGCCGGCGCGCGCCCGUCUCUCGGGCCGCCGCGGACGCAGCCGGGCGGCCUCAGCGUAAGCGUGUGUUCCCGCUGCGAAGCCAGCAUCCACCUGCAGCAGAGCUCUAGCGACGGCACGGGUGGAGGCUUUCCUCUGUUUCUCUCUCAGACCGACACCCGCACCGCUCCUCACCCCCCGUCUCUGGCUCAGAGCGGUCCCGGAGCGACGCUGCGGACCCCCGCGAGCUUCGGGACGCCCUCCGCUGCGGCGGGGCACUGCCACGCGCCCUGCUGCGCCAGUCUGAGGCAGCUGCACGUCUGCUCUCUGUGUAAACUGGCCCCGUCGGGCGUCUGUCACUGCCGCGGAGCGCAGCAGCACCCUUUCUCUCACGGUGGCCCGUCCUCACCCUCUCACCUCUGCUCUAACUCGCUGCACCUCGCCGUCGGGCACGCGCCGCCCUGCGCGAAGGGCGCUCGCUGUUUGCAGGACUGCUGGCGACAGAGUUUACAGGUCGACUCGGAGAAGGUUUGGCCCAACAUUCCCCCGCCCGUCCCAGUCCCCGUCCCCGUGGCCGUGUGCAACGGCUGCGGCGUGACGGGCGCGUCGUCCGACGGUCUGCUGGGUGUCCGCCUCGGCAAAACCGCACAGAAAUACGGUCCUCCGGAGAGCGAAGCGCCGCCUCCCAUCGGGGUGUUCUGGGACAUCGAGAACUGCGCGGUUCCCAGCGGCCGCUCGGCGGCGACGGUGGUGCAGAGACUCCGAGAGCGCUUCUUUCAGGGCCACCGCGAGGCCGAGUUCAUCUGCGUGUGCGACAUCAACAAAGAGAACAAAGCCGUCAUUCAGGAGCUCAACAACUGCCAGGUGACCGUCGCCCACAUUAACGCCACCGCCAAAAACGCAGCGGAUGACAAACUGCGUCAGAGCCUCCGGCGAUUUGCGGAGACGCACGCCGCGCCCGCCACGGUCAUCGUCGUUUCGUCGGAUGUCAACUUCGCCAGCGAGCUGAGCGACCUGCGCCAUCGUCACGGUUUCCAGGUGAUUCUGGUCCACAAGAGCCAGGCCUCGUCUGCUCUGCUGCAGCACGCGCACCUGCGCGUCCCUUUCGAGGAGUUCGUCUCGGACCUUCCGCCCGGGAUGGUCGUCAGAUCGCAGCCCAGUUUCAGCCUUCUGUUUGUGCACCACCUCCCCACGCACCGUGACGCUAAAGCUGUGGCCAACCGGCUGCAGCGCCUCUCCAAUAACUGUGGAGGGAAGGUGCUGGGCGUGUCGGGGGGCUGUGCCGUGCUCCGGUUUGCCAGCGCCGAAGCGGCCGAGCGCGCCCGCAAGCGCAUGGAGAACGAAGAUGUCCUGGGUCACCGCAUCGUGGUGUCCUUCUCUCCCGACGGCCCGGAGGAGGAAGAGGAGCGCGGGCCUCCUGCCGCCGCUGCCGCCGCCUCCUCAUCCUCCUCUUCGGUCUUCCUGCCGGUGGAGAAGCCGCGCUCGCCCCGUCGCCUGCGGCGGGCGUCUCGCUCAUGCCAGGGGGGAAGCCUCGCCCCCGAGCGCCCGUAUAGCCCCAGGAGAGCAGGCCACGCCUCCUCGUGCAGCCCUGUGAUGAAACCCCUCCCCCAGGCUGUGAGUGCUGCGACCCGUCCAGCGACUGCCUCACCUCAGAGUCCCACUGUCCUGCCUGCAGCAGGCAAAUCAGCAGAGCUGUCGCAGCGCAGCCGCAGGCGAGACUCUCCUGGGCAGCCGUUUCAGGUCAGCACUCCUUCAGCGUUCAGUAAACUAAGUUUGCAUCAGAGCUUCAGUCCCAUGAUGCUCUCUCAGAGCUCAUGGUCAUCACGGAGCGCGUCCCCCUGCCUAUCGAACCGCUCAUCUCCUCUGAGCGCCCCGUCCCCCAGCAGCUGCGCGGACGGCCCGGCCGAGCCCUUCUCUGACGGAGUGGACGUUCAGGUCACUAAUCUGGACUACAGGAUGUCACGCAAGGACCUGCAGCAAAUACUGCGAGAUGCUUUUGCUAAACACGGCAGAGUGAAGAGCGUUGAUCUGAGUCCUCACACUGACUAUCAGCUGAAGGCGCGGGUGCACAUGAGUUCACUUCAGCAGGCCAUCGGCGCCGUCAGUCUGCUGCACCGCUAUAAAAUCGGCAGCAAGAGGAUCCACGUGUCGCUCGUCACCGGAGCCGGUAACAAAUCUCUCACCAGCCUCAGCUCUGAGAUCGUCAGCAUCCUGCAGGACGCUCCAGCCAACUGCCUACCUCUCUACAAGUUCACCGAGACCUACGAGAGGAAGUUCGGUCAUAAGCUGGUGGUCAGCGAUCUGUACCGCCUGCCGGAGGUGGUGUGUGUGCGCGAGCAGGGCGGCGGGCGGCUCGUGUGUCUGCUGUCCAGCACUCGGGCCCGGCAGAGCCCGCUAGGAUCCGCGCACUCUCACGACAGCUCCAACACCGCCAGUCCAGUUCUGUUUGAGGAGCUGGAGUACCACGAGCCCGUCUGCAAACGACAUUGCACUCAACAGGAUUUCAGUGAAUCUGAUUUUGAUCCGGAUUCCUACAUGAUCCCAUUUGUGCUGGUGUCUCUGAAAGUUUUGGCUGCUCAUGUCCACAGUUUACUGCAGAGUCACGAGGGAACGGUGCCGCUGCUCAGUUUCCCAGAAUGCUAUGCAGCAGAAUUCAGUCCUUUAACCGUUGCAGAGGAAGGGAAGCUGGAGGGAAGCGUCCCGUUAGAGCACCUCAUCACCUGCAUCCCUGGAGUAACUGUCGUUACGGCCCAGAAUGGCUUCAAGGUCAUCAAGUGGAUUCACAACAAACCCCCACUGCCCAACGCAGAUCCGUGGCUGCAGCGCAGUAAGAGUCCGGUUGGGAACCCACAGCUGAUCCAGUUCAGCCGGGAGAUGGUGGAUCUGAUGAAGAACCAGCCGUCCUGUUUGAUGCCCAUCACAAAGUUCAUUCCAGCGUAUCACCACCAUUUUGCCAAGCAGUGCCGUGUGUCAGACUACGGAUACUCCAAACUGCUGGAGCUGCUGGAGGCUGUUCCUCACGUGCUGCAGAUCCUGGGUUUAGGCUCCAAACGCUUGUUGACACUGACUCAUCGUGCUCAGAUCAAACGCUUCACUCAAGACCUGCUGAAGCUGCUGAAGUUUCAGGCCAGUAAACAGGUGGUGAUCAGGGAUUUCACGCAGGCGUAUCACUGGUGUUUCUCCAGGAACUGGCAGGUGGUGGAUUACGGGAUGUGUGAUCUGAUGGACCUGUUGGCUGAGAUUCCGGACACGACGAUCACAGUCUCUCAGCAGGACGAAGACACGCUUAUUUCUGUUCCCAAGAGAGAGCGGACGGCGGAGGAAGUGGAACGCACGCGGCAGUUUGGCAAGGAGGUCGUAGAUCUUCUGAGACACCAGCCUCACUUCCGGAUGCCCUUCAGCAAAUUCAUCCCCACGUAUCACCACCACUUCGGACGCCAGUGCAAACUCUCCUACUACGGCUUCACCAAGCUCAUGGAGCUUUUUGAGGCCAUUCCGGACGUUCUUCUGGUGCUGGAGUGCGGAGAGGAGCGUGUGCUGGCGCUGACGGAGGUGGAGCGUGUCAAAGCUUUAGCGGCUCAGCUGGUGAAGUUGCUCCGAGCACAGAGAGACUCAGGACUUCCUGUCAGUCAACUGCUGAGCGAAUACAACAAGACGUUUGGCUACAGCCUCCGUCUGCAGGACUACGACGCCGCCACGCUGCCCGCCCUGCUCAACAAACUCUGCCACGUCGUGAAGGUGACAGACGCUUCCGAAGGGAAGGAGGUACAGCUGAUUAACAGGAAGUCGCUGCGUGCCUUGACGUCUCAGCUGCUGGCGCUGAUGAUGUCCCUUCCUGAGGAUCGUGAUCAUCUCGGAGUGGAAGAGCUGAGGAAGCAGUACGAGCUCACCUACGCCGCGCCGCUCAACCCGUGCGAGUACGGCUUCAUCUCUCUGACCGAGCUGCUGAAGAGUCUGCCUUACCUGUUGCAGCUCUCUGAAGACGAGCGGGACGACGGUGGCGCAGAGGAGCGCGUGAGGCUGACCAGACUCUACCGGUUUGCCCGCGGUGUCCGAGCGCUGCUGCACACGUAUCAUUAUAACCAGAUCUUCCUGUCCGAGUUCUGCGGCGCCUUCAGCAAAUACACCGGCCUAGAGUUUCAGCCGCAGACGUACGGCUAUAAGACGCUGGAGGAGCUGCUGGCCGCCAUUCCGCAGGUGGUCUGGAUUAAAGGUCACGGUCACAAAAAGAUCAUCGUCCUGAAGAACGAUAUGAGAGCUCGUGGCAGUCCUGCGCUCUCAGACAGUCCUGCGGUCGCUGCAGACGAGCCCCGAUCCGCCGACAGCCCCGCCAGCGGUGAGAUGGAGCUGCUGUGUCUGGGUUCCGGUUCUCCGGUGGAUCUGCUGUGCGCUCCGGUCCCGUCGUGCCUCCCGUCUCCUCAGCUGCGGCCCGACCCGGUACGGCUGCAGCCCAGGGAUCUGAUCCGCUUCGAGCCGCAUCCGCACGGCCCGUCCGAACGAGAGCCGGUUCUCGAUCGGCAGCCUCGGUCGGCCAACGGUCGCCUCGCGCCUUUGGCUUCUGGGAACGCGCCGGAGCCCUCGAGCGAGAAAACUUGUGUCGCAGACAGUCCCAGCCGGCGAACGGCACGCAACAAAGUUAAACUAGCAGCUAAUUUCUCCUUCGCAUCCACCCUGUCAGUCUAAAGCUGUGCACGUCACGUGACCUCUGAUACCAUGAGGAAUGUCUGAAGCGUGUCGGUUGGCGGCUGCAGAGGCUAGCGGACGUUCUGUGUGGUGAAUUUCGUGGCCGUGUUCUGUUUGUCUGGAAUGCAGCAGAUCUCGUGUUCUUCGUUCGUGUCUCUCUCACUAUGAGGAGAAGACCGACCUACCGCUCCUCCAUGUGCGGUGUGUGUUACUUUGUUUGUUUGUUUGUUUGUUUGUUUGUUUUCUUUACUACAGCUGCUAGUUAACAUUGGUUAGGUUAAGGCCUGAAGCGUGCAGACCGCAGCUGAUUGGUGGAGGUCGCUCUGAGCUACUGUGAACAGGAACUGAAUCGUGACGCUCUCGUCCAAACCUGUAUUGCGGUGAAUCUUUCCUCCUCUUGCGUCCGCUGAGACGUGCUGUCGCGCCUUUGUUUGAGACGUUAUUUGUGUUGUUUGAAGCACAUGGGCUCCGUCUGAAAAAAUGGGAGAAUGAGUUUGCCAGAAGGCGGAAUUCACUUUGUUUUCCGUAGCGCUCGCCGGCGCUUUUGGGUUAAGUCCGUUUCGGAGCCGGAGCGUGAUAUCGAAGGGCCUUCCUCCUUUUUAACCGAUCGAGGAGUCAAAACCGGCCGUCUCGAAUCACUUAAGUUCAUAUUGUGAAAUGAAGUCUGUGUUUAUUGAAACUCUUACAGGAGUGUUUAGUUUAAAAUCGUCUCAGCUGCUUAUCGGAGGAUGUUCACACUCGUCUGUCUCCAGAUGAAUUAUGGGAGUCUGCGUGAUCGAGUUCAGCGGGCCAAAGAGAAACACCCUGAUCUUCCGCGGGCCGAGGCAGUUUGUCGUUUUACGGAUGGUAUUUUGGUCCGGAAGUUGCUUUGAAAGUUCUAUGCACAUGGUGCAUAAACCCUUGUUUGAAAGCGGUCGUUUAUGAGUCGCCGCAGCCUUUUACUGCCUUUCUUUUAUGCGUUUUGGCAAAAUCGUGCUAAUUAGAUGAUGUUAAUCGGUGUAGCUGUUCCUCUGGAAAUGCCAAGGUUGUUUACUUGAACCUUGAGUUGGGGAGUUCGGUUGCGGUUCGCUCUCCCCGAUGGCUUUUACAAUGGCUUGUAUCAGCCCUGGCGCUACGAGAGCGCGAGACGCCGGCGUGGGACUCCGCUUCCGCUAACGGCUUUGGGUCACGGUAAGGUUGAUUUGUGUACACGUGUCUUUUGUUUUGUGUAUGUUUCAGCUCGCGGCGUCAGGAAGAGCUCGGACGUUAGCGGUCUGUGACAGUCCGGCGUCCGAACGCUCUUGUGCGGCUGUCAAACGCGUCGGUUUGUUUCUUUUAAGGGUUUCUCUCUUUGGCCCUCUCUUUGGUCUCUGUUGACAUAGUUUUUGGAAGCCUUCAGAAUGGUACCAGCUAAAACUCUGAGCUGAAGUACGUGAGUCUGUGUGAUUUUAUGCAUGUUUGCAUAACGUUUGCCUCAUGCUGUUGAUGGAUAUAUUUGAUUUAUGCAGAGCGUCUAUUGCCCAGCAGAAAUGUGUUGACGUAUGUUUGUGUCUCAUCUUCGUCAGUUCGUCUAGUGCACUUUUAGCGUGUGUUUGCUCUCUCACUUCUAUCAGACGACCACAGUGAACCCAGAAGUCUCUCCGAUUGUGACGUCAGCUGAACUCAUGUGAAAUAACGUGGACGUUCAGCCUCAAGACGCUGGAGGUCUUGUAUGAUUUUAGUCUCCACCAGAAAGUCCUGUUAGGAGUUUUUUUUUUAUUUCUAUGUAAUGACCAAAUUUCUGUCAUGUAUAAUAAAUAUCACAAGCAUCA